AUGAAGCAUUUAAUGACAUGGGGGACUCUUUCUGAAUCUGAUGUGCAACAAUCUUCUAUGUCUGAAAAUCUUACCUUGAAAAUGAGUGUUUUGCCACAACAAUGUCAUAAGACUAAGGCACUAGAUUUUCAAUUUCAAGAUCAAGAUUCUUCUUCUACUCAAUCAACUGAUCAAUCUUAUGUCGAAGUCGGUUCAGGGAAAUCAGGUCCAAUUUCUAUCAUGUAUAGCAAUUCUUCUGCACUUCCUCAUGCUAAAGCAUGCUUUAGUGGCCCAUUAGCAGCUCCAAAUGGAUCACAGAUUAAUAUUCAUCAUGCUCAAUCAGUAGGAAUGGCUCCGGUUCGGGUUCCUUUGCCUUUUGAUCUUUGUGAGGAACCUAUAUAUGUGAACGCGAAGCAAUACCAUGCUAUUAUGAGACGUAGAGAGUAUCGUGCAAAGCUCGAAGCACAGAACAAACUCAUCAAAAAUCGGAAACCAUAUCUACACGAAUCGCGCCAUCUGCACGCGUUGAAGAGGGCUAGAGGUAGCGGUGGACGUUUUCUAAAGACCAAAAAGCUCCAAGACCUAAAGCUUACUUCAGCAGAUGACAGCCUUAAUGUUUCCAGCAGCACUAGGUUGAAUCCGAGUGGAAAUGUACCGGGAUCUAAGGUGAAUCGAGUAGAAAACUAUAGAGACGGUGCGUCCGCAACCACAUGCUCUGAUGCCACAAGUGCUUCUAAUAGUGAUGACAUGAUCCAACAACAUGAAUCCGACUUCAGAUCAUGUGGUUACCCUUCUCAAAUGCAGGGUUUCUCGGCCGAUGUCGGUGGUGGUUGUGGUGGAAAUAAACACCAUCUAUCCGUCCUUAUGUGA